CAUAGAGUCGGUUUGUCGUUCCGCUGUCGCCCCGGAAGUAGAGUCAGUGCGUUUGAGGCCACACGUGGGUGCAGCGUGUUUGUCCAGCGGCUUCGGGAAUGGGGAAAUCAGGGAAGCUUCGCUCCGGUGCGGCCGGUAAAGUGAAACGAUGGAAGAAAGGACACAGCAGCCAGUCCAACCCCGAGGCUCGAAGACACCGAGAGGCCGCCAGGAGCCGCUUCUUCAGCCGCCCCUCAGGUAGGUCCACAUCUGGGUGGGUAGGUGGGUGAAUGGGGAAUGGUGGGUGUUAAACGUUUCACGUAUUAGGCCAAAGUAGCCGAACCGUGGAUAUAACGGGCUUGGGGAUUGUUUCAGUAUCGGCUAUUGUGAUCUAAAAGUUCGCCUAUAUCUGUAAAGUCCCAACGUUUCGCACUUUAGUGAAUAACAAGUAAUUUGUGAGAUUGAUGUGAUAAGAGACCGAUUACCCUGUGACACUCCAGGUAGUCUUAGCUGCAAAACGCUUAACCCCUUAAGGAUCAAACUUCUGGAAUAAAAGGGAAUCAUGACAUGUCAUGUGUACUUAAGGGGUUAAAGUGAAACUGCGACUGGUGAGGUUUAUGCACAGGAUGACCAUUGAAUCCUGGGCCCUGCCCCUCCCACCCCCAAUUACGUCCAAUCACACUGACAGACAUACUAAAACAUUCGCAGAUGCAUACUGACAAACACAUAUAUACUGGCAGACAUAUUGACACACAUUCACACAUUCAGACAUACAGACAUAUACACUGACAGAUAUACUGAUGUACUGACACAGACACAUACACUGACAGAUAUACUGAUGUACUGACACAGACACAUACACUGACAGAUAUACUGAUGUACUGACACAUACACUGACAGAUAUACUGAUGUACUGACACACACACUGACAGAUAUACUGAUGUACUGACACACACAUACACUGACAGAUAUACUGAUGUACUGACACAGACACACACUGACAGCAGUGGCGUACAUACCAGGGUCGCAGCUGCGACCGGGCCCGUCCCACCAGGGGGCCCGGCCGCCCCUGCGACCCGGUGUGUACCCACAGGGCCAGCCUCUUCUCCUGGGGGGCCCCGGUCAGGCGGGCGCGCGAGGGAGCACUCAGUUCUUCCUCUUCAGCUCCCUCGCGCACCGCACUGAUGCCGGAGUCGGAAGAUGACGUCAUCUUCCGGCGCCGGCAUCCCUACGCGGCGCGCGAGGGAGCUGAAGAGGGAGCACACAGGGGAAAGUGCUCCCUCGUGCGCCGGCCGCCCACCCAGUGACCUGCCGCCCAGCAGCACCACCACUGGACCCCAGGGAAUCCCCCCAGCACUCCAAAAGGUAAGGAGGCUGGGGGGAUUAAAUUUAAAAAAAAAAAUGUUUGUGUGUUAGUGUGUGUAUGUUAGUGUUUGUGUUAGUGCGUGUGUCAGUGAGUGUGUCUGUUAUUGGGUGUGUGUCUGCUAGUGAGUGUGUUACUGUGUGUCUGUUACUGAGUGUGUUUGAUGUCUGUUAGUGAGUGUGUGUUUGUCAGUGAAAGUGUAUGUUUUGUAAGUGAGUGUGUAUGUAUGUCUGUCGCUGAGUGUGUCUCUGUCAGUAAAUGUGUGUGUCUGCUAGCGAGUGUGUGUGUGUCUUCAGCAUUUACCUUUCUCCAGCGUCGGACUCCCCAGUGUCCGCCUCUCAGCUCCGAAUGCACAUGCGCAGGCAAGAGGCAUGCGCGCAUUUAAACCGCCCAUAGGAAAGCAUUACUCAGUGCUUUCCUAUGGACGUUCAGUGUCUUCUCACUGUGAUUUUCACAGUGAGAAUCGCGGAAGCUCCUCUAGCAGCUGUCAAUGAGACAGCCACCAGAGGCUGGAUUAACCCUCAGUGAAACAUAGCCGUUUCUCUGAAACGGCUAUGUUUUCAGCUGCAGGGUUAAAACUAGAGGGACCUGGCACCCAGACCACUUCAUUGAGCUGAUGUGAUCUGGGUGUCUGUAGUGGUCCUUUAAGUGUGUGUGCAUACUGCGGUCGUGGGGUCGCAUGUGUUGCGGCCCCGACCCGCGCCGAGUGAGCGCGGGGGGGGGCCACGGAUCAAUUUUUGCACCGGGCCCCAUGGGUCAUGUGUACGCCACUGACUGACAGAUACAGUACUGACACACACUCAUACACUGACAGACAUACUGAAACACACACACACACACUGACAUACAUUUAGCCACCAUCCAACCUCCCUUACCUUUUCAGGAGUGUGGUUUCCUUGGGGUCCAGUGGCAGGCUGAGGCAGUUGCGAGUUGUCUUCUAGAACUCCCCUCCUCCAUGCUUUCCUCCUCCUGCACAGCUAUUAUCUCCGGUGGGAGCAAGUGAUGCGCGGCACUCAGUUCCUCCCAGCUGGCUCCCGAACAAGAAGGGUCCCGGCCGCGCUGUUUAAGCAUCACAGCGCCUGACCAGGCCCCUGCUGACACAUGCCUACCGUGUGGCCCUUUGUGCAUGGGCCACCCGGGGGGCCUCCUUAGUGUGCGGGCACAGUGCCUGAUCCAUGGGGGCUGCGCAAAACGCGGGGCUCUGGGGGCAGCUGCUCAGGACCCCGCAGGAGCAACUGUGCCCGGGGCAACUGCCCCGUUUGCCCCGCGUUAAAGACGACCAUGAGGACGACUGUAUAAAAUUAUAAAAUGUAUUUAGAAUCAUUGAAAUAACAACCCAGUCAAGAGAUAUACAGAGACAAAGUAGGAAAUACUCCUACUGACUUUCUUUGACUCACGUGGGAGUCUAAGAGUCAUUCUCUGCUGCUGUCAUUAGUGAUGGCUGCAGGGAUUAGGCUGUAUUUAUGGAGGAUCACGCAGUCUUGUGGGAUCCACCACAGACCUUAAUCCUGUACUCAUGCGCAGAGAGGAUCAGGAUGGCAGCACAUGCACGGGACAGGUUCAGGUAAAUAAACUCACCUUUACCUGCCUCCCCCAGCCUCUGGGCCACGAGGAGCGAUGUCACCGUUGGGGAUUUUGUAAAAUCGGCAAAAUCCCCUAACUGUGACAGUGCUGCUUCAAGUGUAGUGGAGCUGUGUGCUUUAUUAGCCUCUGCUCUCUUAUUCACCCUAGUAAACUCUUCAGUUGUGUCUACUGGAGUGAGUGACUGCCCUAGAACCAUUACAUCACAAUUAGUUUAUCACUUGCCUGGCUCUUUCAGGCACCCUCAUGUCCUCUAGCCUGCAUUUGUAUGCUAAAAGCGAAAGUUUAUGCUGUCGAAUUAGCAUACCAACUAGUGACUCCCUGUAUCUGUCUUGUUUUGAUAAAUAUAUACAUCUCCAUAUAAUGCUUGUUUUCCUUUACCAUAAAGUUACUCUCUUGCAAUGUGAAAUCGUUUAUUUCACCAAUGUAAAUAUAAACAAAAUCGUGAUAAAUUUAAAGCAGCACUGUCACCGUCUGUGGACUUUGCUGAACUCACUAUGAAGAUUACAUUGCCACUGGUGGUCCUGGGGCUGGGGCAGGGAAAGGUAAAAUUAUUUACCUAAACCUGUACAAGAGUACAGCAUUGAGGUCACUAGUUGGAAUUUCAGUGAAAAAAUUGCCACUAAUAAGAAAUUAUUACUAUGCUGAACUUAUUGGUAUCUAAGCACUAGUCUGCUUACAAUUUUUAGCUUUCCUUUACAUGUAAUACCUACAUUGUCUUUACAUAUCAUUCAUCACCUCAUUGUGUAUCAAUUUCAGGAAAAAGUGACUUGACAGUAGAUGCUCUGAAACUUCACAAUGAUCUCCAGUCAGGGUCACUGCCAAUGCCCAAAAAACCUGGGGGCACACAAGAAUACAUGGAAGAUGAGGUUGAGAUGGCGAUAACUGAGAAAUCUGGAGUUUCUUUCCUAAGUGGAUUAUCUGAUUGCACUAAUCUUACAUUUGGCAAAGUACAACGAUACUGGGAGUCCAACUCAGCGGCUCACAAAGAGGUAAGUUGCCUGUAAGGGCCAAAUCUCUAGAACAGUGCUUUCCAAACGUUUCAUGUUGGUGACACACAUUUUAGACAUGCAUCAUUUUGUGACACAGUAAAUCAGUUUUACUAAUAAACUGGAGGUUAAACGACUGCUAACCCCCUUAAAAGAAAUACGGAUACAUAAAUCGUAAUAAUCAAAGGAUUAUGCGCACAUUGAGAUAUUCGCGGUUAUGGAUGUUUGCGAUAUUUGUGAUGCCACAUGAACACAGCCCCAGUGCACACAGGUAGACACGCACGGUCACAGGCAGACACGCCGACACUCACACACAUGCACGAUCACGGAUGGAAAGCCACACGCUCUGAGCGCUUGCCGGACGGAUAGCGACACGUGUGGAGUGCGUGCUGGGCAGACAGCCUGCCCAUGACUGUGUGUGUGUGACUGUCACACUCAAAAACACACACAGUCAUGUGCAGACAGUCACUCACACACACACUACCAAACAAAUCAAUUUGAUGGCUGACUGGAAUUGAGUUGGUUAAAAUAUUUAGUUUUUCUGAUUGUUUUUCAGAUCUGUGCCGUGCUGGCUGCUGUUACUGAAGUGAUCCGGUCUCAGGGAGGGAAGGAGACAGAAACUGAAUAUUUUGCUGCUCUGGUAAGUGAAUGUCGACGUAACACUUUUUUUCCCACAUAGUUAUUUUAAAUUAAUACUAAAUAAAACUUUUUCUUUGUAGAUGGUUUAUUUGAAACCUUUAAUGCUAUCAGGACUUAAAAUUUCAAAACCUAUACUAAUAGCUAGUCCUUAGACGUUAUACUUCUGUGCAAGACUGGAGGUUCCAUGGCACACACAACCAGGGGGGAAUUUUCUACUUGAAGGACUAAAUUUGCAAUCGCUAGAGGAUACUACGUGAUUCAUUGAAUACAUGACAUUAAAAUAAAUGGCAUUACAUGGACCGAGCAUAGUACAUAGAAGCCAUUAUAGAAACAAAUUCAGGACCUCAAAAUGAUCAUAGCAUCAACCAAUUGCAAAUAAGUAUUUACAGGCUGUUGCUAUUGUCAAACAAACUGCUAAUUACAAUCAAGAUGUGGGCACCGAUCUAGGUUAGGGAUAAGGAUUUUUCUAGGCUUGAUGGAAGCCAACCAGUAUUCAUAGUAUUGGAUCGGGUUUGUUCUCUUCCUGCUGGAGUUUCGCUGCCCAUUUUCUGUAGGGUCUUUGUUUGAAAGACAUAGCUUCUACACACUAGCAGAAAUGAUACAACAUUUAUGGGGCAUCUUUCCUUAUUAAUUUUAGAUGGUCCUACUGGGGAUUGGGGUGUUAUUUACUGGCACCGCAUUUUCUGUUCUUACAUUGUCCCUGUGCCUAGUCAAUGUUUUUGAUCUCAUGGUGUGUUUUCCCAUUUAGAUGACUACACUAGAAGCAGUGGACACCCCAGAAUCCCUGGCUGCCGUUGCUUAUCUGCUUCACCUGGUUCUCAGAAGGUAAGCCAUGAUAUUUUAUUUAUUUGUUUUUAGCUGGGCUUCUCUGGAGACCACCAAUGGGUCAGGAUGGGCAGUGGUUGCUAUGCUGGGGGGAGCAGAAAGACUUCCUUUUGGAGAUAUUGUUUGUUCUCCCUUUUCAAUCAAAUCUUUGGCAUAGAGUCCAUGCCAGAGAAUUGAUUAACAGGUGGGAAAAAUAACUUUUUAAAAAAAUAAGAUUUUAUCCCUAUUUAUACAUUUACUAACAAAUCUGCUAGCACAAUGUAUAGCUGGAAUUUGAUGUUCUUUCAAAAGAUCACAAACAGUUCUGGGCACGAAGAAGCCUUUUAAAUUCCAAUGGGGUAUGCUACACCCACCUUACUGCAGUGUGGGAGUCACUAAUGAUCUUCCAUGUCUCACUUGCCCUCCCAUAUGGACACAUGCCUUUUGUAAUGUGAUAUAGCUUCUCCAGAAUAUCAUUCAUUAAGGCUUCCAUCAAAACUGGGAACAAACGGGAUACCUUGGAUUCUCCUGAUAGUAAAGCUGGUGAAUUAUAUAUCAUAGUCUCAGAAAAGCUAAAACCUCACUUCUUCUGCUUGAAAUUAUUUUUUUUUUCAGAAAGACAUAUUAGACAGAAUUCUGGCCCUAAUAGAAUUAAGGGAGUAUAUUCUCGCCUCAUCUUUACAAAUAAGCUAGGCAUAUUUUUCAUCCUAUGCUAAGAGGUUUGUAUAAAAACUACUGUCAGUCACUCACAUUCUGCAAAGAGAAACCAUACACCUGAAGGCUACCUACAUGUUCCCAUGACUGUCAAAUCAAGUAAAUUCCUCAGAUUGUCAAUGUUCAAAAGUAAGAGUCUCCUACUUUCAAUUCUUGUUGAUUCCAUUUGGCCUCCGGAAUAACCACAAAUACAUCAGCAUAACUUGGCCUGAAAGAGUAGACCGCAGUAUCUACGAUGUGAAAGAUUUGCAAGGAAGUGAAACCCCCCCCCCUUUUUUUUUCCUUCUAAAAGGUUCAUCAGUAUAGAAAUGUCUUCGUGCGUUAUUUGUUUGCACCUUUUCCAUUGAAUGACCGAGCUUUUUUGCACCUCUUCCUUAUCAACCUAGUGGUGCUCACACUGCUGUUUUUAUUUCCUGUCUUUUAGGGUUCCUGGCCCGGUAUUGAUCAAGAAGUUUUCAGACACAUCUAAGGCAUUAAUGGAUAUCCUGGCCACGCAAGCUAAUUCUGGAGGCAGCUCUGUGGGCCGUUGGGUAUGUGUUAAUGACUAUAAAUAGAGUCUUGUGUUGUGCUAUAUGCUGCCCAUUUCUUACACCAGGGCCAUGAUCUGCCCAAUGAACCAUUAGAUACAGUAUUAAGUGUAUUGCAUGAAAUUAUUCCUAACUGGUUCAAACAAAAUGAUUUCAAUAUUUUCUUUCUUGCUCUCUCCAGAUAGUGUCUUGCCUGUCUGUCCUGCUACGCAAGCAGGAGCUUUCUGCAUGGAGCUACCCAUCAACUCUGCAGGUGUAUCACGGAGUACUCAGCUUCACUGUCCACGCAAAACCUAAAGUGAGUUUAACGUCUUUCCGAAAUUCCCACCGGGCACAUUGUCAUUUUACUUGGCCAGCAGUUUGUUAAAGUGCUUCCGUAAACAAAUUUGUUAUGAACAGCACCUAUAUAAUCGUUUAUUUGUAUUUAUUUUACUUUUUUUUUUUUUUAAGUUUCAUAUCCUGUCUUAAUACAUUUCCAAUGUUUUCCUGGCUCUUGUAAAAAUAUAUAUUAACAGCAUGCUGGUACAGCCUAUCUGGCUUACUCUGUGAUUGGCAACCUUCGGCACUCCAGAUGUUGGGACUACAUCCCCCAUAAUACUCCUACACCCAUAAUGCUGGCAAAGCAUAAUGGGAGGUGUAGUCCAAAACAUCUGAAGUGCUGAAGGUUGCCUGUACCUGGUCUAGAUCAAUGGGUUAUUGGCUUGGCACUACACAGGUUUCUGAAGAACAUUUCCAAUGAGUCUUAAGGGCAUCAUGGGAAAUUUAGUGCAAAAACAUCUGGUGUGCCAAAGUUGGACAUCACUAAUGUAGGAGGAGGAAUGCGUCAGUGACCAAUCAAAAUCAACCAUGUGUUAAAACAACGUUAUAUAUGCUUAUAUGUAUGUACACUCAUCAGUCACAACUUUAAAACCACCAAUAGGUGAAGUGAGAAACAUCAAUUAUAUUGCUACAAUGGCACCCGUCAAAGGGUACAGUAUAUUUGGCAGCUAAUGAACAGUCAGUUAAUGAAUUUCAUGUGUUGGAAGCAGGAAAAAUGGUCAAGCGAAAAGAUCUGAGUGACUUUGACAUUGGCCAAAUCAUGAUGGCUAGAAGACUGGGUCAUAGCUUCUAAAAAAAAUGACAAAUCUUGUGGGGUGUACUUGGCAUUCUGUGGUUAUCCACCAAAAAUUGUACAAGUAACGACAAGGCUCAUUGAUGCAUAUAAGGAGCGAAGAUUAGCCUGUCUGGUACAGUCACACAGAAAAACUAAUGUAGCUCAAAUUGCUGAAGAACGUAAUGCUCCCCAUGAAGGAAAGGUGUCAGAAGACCCAGUGCAUUGCGGUUAUCUUCGAAUGAGGCUGCAUAGCCCAUAGUGCAGUAAGCGUCAGAACUGGACCAUGGAACAAUAGUAGAAGGUUGCCUGAUAUGAUGAUUCACAUUUUCUUUUAGAUAAUGCAUGUGAUUCGUUUACCUUUGGGAGAGAUGGCAGCAUGAUGCACUAUGGGAAGAAGGCAGGCUGGUGGAGACAGUGUUAAGCUCUGGGCAAUGUCCUGCUGGAAAACCUUGGGUCCUGGCAUUUGUGUGGAUGUUACUUUGAUGCAUAUCACCUACCUAGAUAUUUUUGCAGAACAUGUACACCCCUUCAUGGCAAUGGUGUUCCCUGAUAGCAGUGUCCUCUUUCAGCAGGAUAAUGCACCCUGGCACACUGCAAAAAUUGCUCAGGAAUGGUUUGAGGAACAAGACAGAGUUCAAGGUGUUGCCUUGGCUUCCAAAUUCACCAGAUCUCUAACCGACUGAGCAUCUGUGAGAUGUGCUGGAAAGACUUAUACAAUCCACAGGGCCCCCGCCUUGCAUCUUACACGGCUUAAAGGAUCUGCUGGUAAUGUGUUUGUGUUUUAUAUAACAGAAGACACAUUCAGAUCUGUUCUGACCGCCCAAGGGGGACCUACAUGAUAUUAGGCUGUGGCUCAUCAGUGUAUAUUGGGGCUUAACAUUUCCACAGUGGAAAUUCAACUCUAGUGAGUUUCCCAUGGAAUCCAUACCAACUAUGCCGAUCUUGGUGUUGUUUGAAAGCAGCAGCUUAUUGUAACAAUGGCUGCACAGCUGAUAAACUGUAGACAUCGUGAACAACAUUGAACUGUAGAGGAGGGCAAUGGCCUUAUACAGCUCUGUAGACACCUGCCCAUUAGUCACAAGUUCUCACUAAGUCACUGUGCAGGACUUAGACAUCCUGCAAUAAAUAGUCUGAUCAUCUCCCAGACAAGAGGAGAAAGAGCAUAAGUAAGUUCCUCUCUCUAGACUUUAAAGGGAUAAUCAUUAAUGUCAAAGAAAUUGUUCCCAUAACUUCAUUGUGAAUAACUUGUAAAUGGUGUAGUAUAUGAUUAGAAUUGUAUGUACAUGUUGAUAAACAGAUUUCCUUGCAAAUGUAUACCUGGAAAGUUUAGUCUCAUUUUAUUUUUUCGAUUUCCUUAACAUUUUGUUGUUAUGUCAUUGCCAUACAGGCAGAGAGUGCAAAUGUAUAGUCUAUUGGCAACUGCUUAAGAUCCGUAUAAAAGGAACAUUUCCAGAAAAAUAAAUCUAUAUUCAUACUGUCCUUCCUGGUAAUUGUGGUUGGCAAUAUUGCAGGUGCUGUGAUGCUUUACACUAUGUAUUUCUCACUCUUUCAGCUGAUAAAUUAUCAUUCUUUACGAUCUAUUUCAGAUCUGGAAGUCCAUGUGUUCAGCUUUGUAAGCUGUUCCACAGCCAGUUGGAUUUCCAAAAUAACAUGCAGGGUUUUUCAAUCAAUACCAGAUUUCAAUACCAGAUUUUAGCUAAUUAAAUCUAAUUUGCUAAAUUGAUACUAAUAUAGCUAAUCUGAAAAAAACUUGGAUGUUACAACUGCAGUUUUGCCAUUUACAUUUAUUUUUCUAAAAUUCGGUCUUUAUUAAAUAACGUUGAGGUGGUUUUUAUAAAUCGCCUGGAGUGGGGAUUGCUGACUGGCUUUUCUCUCCUAAAUUCUUCAUCUUACACCAAGGAUAAUGUUUUUGGGCAAUGUAAAAAUAAUGAAAUACAACUAGGUAUUUGUGAUUUUUAUCUUCAGAUCAGGAAGGCUGCCCAACUUGGUAUCUGCUCUGUCCUAAAAGGCAGUGAGUUCAUGUUUUCAGAAUCAGCACCAAGCUACCAUCCUGCGGCUCCAUCCACCGCUAAAUUCUGCAUCCAAGAAAUUGAAAAGUCUGGAGGUAAGUGUACCUGAUACAUUGUUUGCAUUACAUGAAUGUUAUGUGAGGUGCUUGGGUUAAUCACAGCAGAUGAGCACUGUGGAUAUUAUCUGCUAAAUUGCGAAGCUGAUCACUUAGAAGAGUAGUAGGGUAGUCUUUCAUGUGUUUGUUAUAGAGUGGAUGAAACGUUUUGGUGAGAUUGAAGUAUAGCACAUUAGUAAGUGUUCUUGUUUUGACAUUUGUUUUGUUAAUUUAAUUCACAGAAGAUUGUUAGGAAUUCUAUGGUCCGGGAGGCCUUUUAAUUUUAUUCUAAGAUAAGCACCAAAUUUGUUUAUAAUUAUCAGCUCAAAUACUAUUGCCAUCCUUGGGAGGUAGUGUGCUAUUUUAUUACCCCAUGCAGUAUAGACAUAGUUUGUUUCUUAUAUUUUCCUCCUCACUCUAAUCAGGUAGUAAAGAAGCCACGACCACGUUGCACAUGUUGGCCUUACUAAAGGACCUUCUACCCUGUUUCCCUGUCACUGUUACAAAGACUUGUUGCGAGACCCUGCUAAAGGUCAUGACCUUAAACAACGUGGUAAGUACUUGUGAGCGUUACGCGUUAUAUCAGCUGCCUGUCCUUAAGCUACACACAUAGCAUUUACCACCCUCAGUACUGGUGGUUAUCUGUUGCAGGCACUGAAUGUCCUACGUUUUAAUUGGUACAUGUCUCUCUUUUUUCCAGUUAAUCACAGCGUGUGCGAUGCAGGCGUUCCAUAGCCUUUUCAAUUCAAAUUCACUCCCAUCUUCGUUGACUCCUGAGCUCAAUGCUCAAAUCAUCACAGUGAGUGUGAACCAUAAAAAAAAAAAAAAGACUAAAGUCUAUUGAAACUAGAUUCAUGACAAAAGAACAUAUUUUAAUAUUUCAACUCCCCCCUUCCCCGUGGCAGGAAAACAAUCCUUUCUUUUCAUGCAAAACAUAAUUUUGAAAAUUUUAAACUACAAUUAUCCAGUCAUCUCUUUUCCACGACCCUCAUCCAUCUUUUGGAAAAUCUUGCCAUCUGUAAUCUACACACUUUUGAACUGUCAUUCUAAAAGUAGUUUUUUAGUAAUGUUUAUUUUCUUAACAUUUCUAGCUGUAAGUUUUGUUGGUUUGUUUUGAGAUUGACUUUUCUGCGUUAAAUGUAUACUUAUUUUUAUUUUAUUUAUUUAUUUUGCCGUACAUAUAGAUAUAACACACAUGCUUGUGGUACCCCGACGGCAUUCCACUUGCUUAUUUUAAAACAUUUGUAACAGGGGCAUACAUUAACAAUGCACAUUUUUAUGUAUGAGUUGAAGGUUAUCAUGUUUGACGCAUACUUUACAUUCACAACACUCAUUGAUGCAUACAGGCUUGUCACAGGCUGCCCUUCUCACCUGUAUGUGAGAAGGUAGUUAUAAGUUUGUGCUGUCUUAUGAUUUGAUGUAUAGCUUAACCAACAUUUGUUCUAUAAGUGUUAAACAGGCUUGAGUUAGCACAGUGGUUGUACUAGCUUGGUGAAUGGUCAUUGAUAGCAGGUACUGGGCUCUAGAUUGGUGGCUAUAUACAUGCAAGCUGCAUAGAGUCAUGGUUGCAGGGGAGGAUUCAUGGCUAAGUGAACUGACUUAUUUUUUUUUCUCUUAUUCCCAUACAGGCUCUUUUUGACUACCUUCCAAACGAGAAUGAUUUGCAGCCUUUGUUGGCUUGGCUGGCUGUCAUGGAGAAAGCUCAUAUAAACCUGUCUAGGUAAAUGUGGUCAUUUAGUUAUUUCUGUAUAAUUGAAACGCACUUGUGCACACUCUUCUAUUUACCUUUCAGAGAAGGAACAUUAUACUUUUAAAGGACAUUCUUAGUACCAUAACCACUAUAACUCAUUGGAGUACCCCAGUGGCAUGGGGCUGAGUGUGGCGGUCUAAACCAAUCUUUCCAUUCCUACAUUAGCAGAUCAGCAUCCAGGAUAGAGGUGCUAAGAGAGCCCUAUUUUAAAAAAAAAAUCAGAUUUGCAAAUAAUUCGGCAUAAGCUAAAUGAGUUGUUAUGGUGCUUAAAAUGUCUCUUUAAAGGGAGGUGAUACUAAAGCAUUAAUCACAACAAAACAGCUGGAAAGAGGGCCAUAGCCAAAUAUUCUACUGGAAAAAAAUGUUUGGGGUAUUUUGUCAAAGUUAAAGACGAUCUGUAUAUGAGCUACACUAUGUGAGAGACAUGUCCUCUUCUUACUUGAUUCUAACCCUUUCAUCGCAAAAUAAAUGUUUUAUAUUUAAGGUUGAACAGUGAGCUUUGCCUGGGUCACCUUCCUCGUCUCUUCUCUACGGCUAUGAACUGCUUUUUGUCUCCUCACGGACAAGUUGUAUCUGCAGCUGCUAAGUCAUUAAAGGUAUGACUUCAAAUCUAAACUCUCACCCUUGGUAAUGCAAUAAUUGACACUGUCGAGGAAGGACAGAGAACAAAAACCAGAACCAAUUUGCUUUUUCUUUCUCAUGGAAUAGUAGUAUUAAGCUGCCUGUGAGCCAGGCAGAGGGAGCUUUGCCACUUGCUGUGUAAUUACCCAACCAUGGGUAGCCUGUCAAAGGUGUUUGGGCUAGCAUAUUGUGUUUGCACCCUAUGCAAAGGUUACACAAACUGAUAUUGCCAGACAGGAAAAGCGUAUACUAGCCAGUUAGACACAUACAUAAAAUGUAUUUAUCUCCAGAAUUAAGCAUUAUUAUAAAGAAAGGAUCUAGGGAGAUGGUCUUUGCACCCUAAACGUUUCAGUAAAAUGAUACCCUUUUACAAUUCCCGAGUAAAUGAUACAUACAUGUUGCUUGAAUUUGUAUAUGGAAUACUUGCACUGCUAACAAUGAUUGGUUUAUUUGCCGCAGGCAAGAAAGAUAUAUAAACAUUUUUAAAGGGACUCAAAUACAACUUUAGCGUAAUGAAGCUGUUUUGGUGUAUAGAUCAAGUCCCUGCAGUUUUAUUGCUCAAUUCUCCUCCAGUUAGCAGUUAAAUCACUUUUGUUUCUGUUUAUGCAGCCCUAGCCACACCUUCCCUGGCUGUGACUCACAAAGUAUGCAUGUAAUGGGGAAAAAUAAAAUGGUUUCAUUUUUGAAUCAGCUGUUAACUUGCUUUAGAAGUUUUUAAUUACCUGCUCUGUAAAUUGAACUUUAAUCACACACUGCAGGAGGCUCCUGCAGUAUCUAACAGACUAAUAACAGAGCAAGAGAUAAGACAUUCUAAAUUAAAUAGACUGUGUAAUAAAGGAACUUUAAACAUUGGAUCUCUCUUUACAGGAAGUGUUUAUGAAGGCCGUGCAAGUUACAUGCAGGGAGGUGUGACUAGGGCUGCAUAAACAAAGUGAUUUAACUCCUAAAUGACAGCGAAUUGAGCAGUUAGACUGCAGGGGCAUGAUCUGUACACCAAAACUGCUUAAUUAAGCCAAAGUUAUUUUAGUGACUAUCGUGUCCCGUUUAAGUAAUGCACCUAUGAUUUUUCUGCUGGAACGUUUUUACGGUGCAGUUUGUAAUUUGAGUACAUCUGUAAAGGUUUUUUUUUUUUUUGGUCUUAGUCUCUCCUUUCAGAAUGCGUUGCUCCUAAUUCAACCAGUAUAGAGUCUGUCUCUUCCUCUCCAGCGACAGGUCCUGCUAUGCACCUCUGUAAAAUGUUCAAGUAAGUCGUUUUCCAUUUUUUUUUUGUUUUUGUUUUUUUUUUCUUUAACAGAUUUUUCACCAUUCUGUGUAGAGAUGCUUUUAUAAUCUGUUCCUCAUUGCUGUGCAAAAAUGGGCUGAGCUCUGGGCAGCAGUCACUGCCCUAUUCUUAUCUGUACAUUUACCAAAAGUUAGUCUUCCUUUAACCCCUUAAGGACCAAACUUCUGGAAUAAAAGGGAAUCAUGACAUGUCACACAUGUCAUGUGUCCUUAAGGGGUUAAAGUGCUUUAAGUCCAAGAGUGAACUCACAAUGUAGGAAGUUCCAAAAAAUUAAGCAAGAUACCAACUUGUAAAGGGCAAACAUAUCCUUUAACUAUGUUGCUGACUGUUUUAACAAACAUCAAACAGUCUAGUCAUCAAAGCAUUAAAUAUUACACGUUUAUAUUUCACUUUUUGUUUUUAGGGUUGUUGAGGACGGUUUAUCAUACAAGUUUCACGCGUCCUGGCCCUACGUCCUUCAGCUGUUGCAGACGUUCUUCGAGGCUGCUGGAAGGUCUUGCCAUCCUUUCAUGAAACAAGUAAGGGCCUUGUUGGAAAUGCUGAGCAGAAGGUGGAACUUUUUUAAUCUAUUGUCCCAGCCCUGGCCUUGGUGUAGCAUGCAGGCAUGAUAUAUCACACGUCCUGAUUGAUGGAAUGUCCUUUUAUUGUAGUGUUUGCAGACCCUUGCCGACUUGCGUGUUUCUGCGCACUUUCCGUACACGGCGGAUCUGGAUCGUGCUGUGGGAGCGGCUGUAGAAAGCAUGGGGCCGGAAGUUGUUUUGAAAGCCAUUCCAUUACAGAUAGAUGGCACAGAGUAAGUAUUUUGUUUUAUUGCAAGGCUGCAAGUUGUUUCCUCUUUAUUCUUCGUGUACUUUUCGAUUAGAUUUAUAAAAUAUUGUGAUAAGAGCAUUUAGUGAUUUCUGCACCUAAAACAAAUUACUUAGACUUAAUUUCAAGUUGAGCAUUUACAUUUUAGUGUAAAAGUAAUAUAAGGUUGGUAUGAUUUUUUUCAUUUUUAUUGUGUAUGUGUGUAAAACAGUCUUCUUUUGAUUAGAAAUCCAUGUUGGUAUCACAAAACUAAAAAAAUAAUAUAUUCACAACAGACUGCUUAAUAGACAAAAAAGUUGGUUGGUCAAACCUGCAAAUUCUAUCUUCAACUUCCAUUUCUAAAGUAAACUGAGUGAAAUUCACAGAUAUUUAAAUACACAGCGGUGACUGCAAUGAAAUUGGGAAGAUUUUUUGCACAUGCUUGUGAUUUCACGUGUACCAUGCAAAUAAACGCAUGCAGUGUCCGUGCUUCUUCCAAACUUUGUGUGAGCGGACACUGACUAAGAAAGACUGCUGGCUCAAAGAAAAGAACCUGCAACGGGCAAAUUUUAAAAAGUUUUUUAUGUCAUUUUAGUUUUCUAUUAUUUAUAUUUUUCCACAUUUUUAAAUGUAUAGUCAACCUAGGGACGAAAAGCUACUUUUUUUGUUUUUUUUUGUUUUUUAUACUUACAUUUGUUGUUCUAUUGUCAGGGACCUGAGUGACUUCCCUCGGAGCUGGCUUGUCCCUGUGAUUCGGGAUCAUGUUAAAAAUACAGAACUUGGGUUCUUUACCCGGUACUUCCUUCCUCUGGCUGUCAACGUUAAGAAUCGAGGUAAUUCUUGUUGGUUGUUACUUCAGACUCUCAAGGUUCAUAUUGCUGUCUGUGGUUAUUGAGAAAAGGUCUGAUCUGCUUGCACACUUGUAGGGUUUUUGUUUAUUCGAUGAUUCUUACCACUUCUUAGACUUUUCCUGGCACACAAGAAGUGAAGUGGUCUAUCCUUCCUCUGCUGUGAUAAUAGUCUAAUGUAACUUGCAAUUCUGAUACUGAAGAACAGUUUAUUCAGUUAUGACCGUAUAAACUUGACAAACAUUGUAAAUUAAAUUCUUAACCCCCCCCCCAUUUUCUUAUGUGUUGUUCGGAUUUUCUAUUUUAGCUGUUGAAUUAAGCCAAGCUCAGAGAAAUCUUGAAGCCAAAAUCUGUGAGACUCUUCAGUGGCAGGUGAGCAAUUAUUACUUAAUUCAACUUUAGUAGCACAUAACAAAUAAUCAGUGAAACAUUUCUGAGACCCAAUUUUGAUUCUAAAUAUGAAAAUUGCCAAUGAGGUCAGAAUGCAGACCAGGCAGCGCACACAGUGUGAUGACUGAUGACAUCACUGCUCUGUGCAGGGAGUGAAGUGGUAGCCUUUGGUCGUAUGCUACCUCAGUCCCACCAAAGGUGAAUAAAUAUGGCAGAGGGAUCUAGUGUUCUGUAAAAGUAGGGGCUCGAUUUUCAGGUUUUUCUUUACUUACACUUCAUUUAAAAAAAUAAAGUUGUAUAAUUUCAUGACGCGCUGCAAGGAUUCUUGUAGUUAAGCAUAUAAUUUCUUGUGACAACUGUCCUGUAACGUGUUAAUUACAUCUAUUUGGACACCGAAAUGCAUAUAUUUACAUGACUCCUGUGAGCCACUCACCACCGAGUGACUUUCGUUUGCUUUAAUAUCAGAUAACACACUCAGCUCAUCAAUUCUGUUCAAAUUUCGUAAUUUUGUUUUUUUCUUAUGUCACUUACUAACCCCUGGGUUGUAGCCAAACCAUUGAAAAAUAGCUUACUAGCAACAUAACCACUAAAACAGGCAGUAGUAGGUCUCAUUCUUACAAACUUCCUGAAUAAAAGGGAAUCAUGAGAUGUCACACACAUGGCAUGUGUCCUUAAGGGGUUAAAGGAAGUCUAAAGCAUUGGUAGUAUAGUGUCACCUCCGUGUGCCAUAAGAAUGAAUAAAUUCAAAGCUUUCCUGAUCUUUAAAAAUAAUUGCAUGGUUAAACGGACAGGAUCACUGCACCCAAACAACUUGAGACUUUAGUUUCCCUUUAAAUUAACAAAAGCUUAACAUAAUUCUCAUUUAUGGAAUUUAACAAAAAUUAUAUAUGUUGGAUUUAUUUUUAAACCUAAACAAAGCCUUCAUUGUUUGCUGAGGAAAGGGUAAUGUGUGGCUGUUUUAAGCACUAAUUUCUAUACUUAAUUAUUUUUUUUAUUUUUUUUUCUCCUCCUGCUUUUUUGAUUUUUAGAUCUGGACAAUGCUGCCUGGAUUCUGCACUAAGCCUACAGACGUAACCACAUCUUUCAAAAGCAUUGCUCGUACUUUAGGGAUGGCAAUCAAUGACAGACCAGACCUCCGUCUCACUGUGUGCCAAGCUCUGCGCACUCUCAUAAGCAAAGCCUGUGAGGAAGGUAAGGAAACUGGGCUUUGUUUUACAGUGUUAUUUAGAAUAUGGUGACACCAUUUGCAUUACUGUACCGCAUGGCUUAGAAUUUACCAUAUCGUAAUAAUUUUUUAUAUAUAUUUUUUUAUGCUGGCUAGUAUUUUUGGUCUCAGCACCUUCAUUAAACUGAGUGAUAUAAAACGAAUCUGUGAUGGAUAAAAAAUAAUUUUAAAGAAAAUUGUAGUAACACAUUCGUACUACAAUAACAUGUUUUAGGCAAAUUAGGUAUACAUCGAGGGCAGCAGUAGUGAUUAACUGUUUACAAUAAUAAAAAACAGCAAUGUACAGACCAGAGUUUGCCAGCAGUUAUCCCUCUAACUAGUGAUGAAUAACAUUGGUUCGUUACAAUGUACUUGAACUACUUUUCCCUUAUGUCUUGAUAAGAGCCAGUAUGAUUCGAAGCACAGUGGGAGUUUUAACCCCUUCAGGACGGGUGACGGACGAGGUCCGUCACAGAGGGGAGACCCUUAACGACGGGUGACGGACCUUGUCCUUCACGCGGUAAAAUUAACCCCGGAUCGCCGCGAUCGCGGGGUUAAUGGUGCUCCCGGUAUACCUCUGCAUUAGAGGCAUACCGGGAGCACCCGGUCAGGCUGCCCAGCACAUGUGCUCGCUCUGACCGCAAGUCUGAGCGAGCACAUGUGCUCUGUAUACUCACCUACCGGCUCCCUGCACUUCCGGGUUCUGUGUGAAGUGCAGGGAGCCGGAUCAGUGCUGAUCCUGCCCCCUGCUGUAAAAAAAAAUAAAGUUAAUUUAAAGUGUCCCCCCCCUUACCCAUUUUAAUAAAAAAUUAACCCCUUCCCUGCCAAUUGAUCACUGACUACAGUGAUCAAUUGGCAGGGAUUACAUUUUACUAUGAUCUGAUUUUUUUUUUUAACCCCUGAGGGUUAAUUCUUUUUUUUUUAACCCUCAGGGGUUAAAUUAAUUAAAUUAUUUUUAAAUUAUAUAUUUAGAUAGCUGGGGUGGGUGGAAGUUAGUGGGGAAUUGGGGGAUUUGGCGUUAGGCUAACUAGGGGUUAACGUUAAAAAAAAAAAGUUUUAAAAGAAACUUUAAAAAGUUAAAAAUUAAGCUUAAAAAAUGUUUUAAUAACAUUUAAGUAAAAAAAAACACUUUACCUAGUCCAAAUAAAAAUUAACCCCUUCCCUGCCAGUCGAUCACUGCCUACAGCUAUCAAAUAGAGAUCACAGUAUUAUACUGUGAUCUAAUUUUUUUUAACCCCUGAGGAUUAACUUUUAUUUAUUUUUUUAACCCUCAGGGGUUCAAUUUAUUUAAUUAAUUAAUUUAAAUAUUUUAUAACUAUAUAUUUUGCUAGCUGGGGUGGGUGGGAGUUAUGGGAAAAUGGGGAAUUUACUGUUAGUGCUGCGUACUGCUAGUUAGGGGUUAACGGUAAAAAAAAAAGCUUAGAAAAAUGUUAAAUCUGUAAAAAAGUUUUAAGAAAGUUUAGGAAAGUUUAAAAAAAAUUUAUAAGCAAAACAAAAGUUUAAAAACUAGUUUUUAAAAGUAAAAAAGUUAUAAAAAGUAAAAAAAUACAUUUUAAAAACGCUCAUUACCACUACACCUGGAACAAACUAGAGAAAAAAUUAUCCCACGCCAAGGUUCAAAAUAUGCCUUUUGAAUUACCCCAGGGUGUAUUCUUUAAUAAAUAGUAUGUGUUUGUGGGGAAGUUUCAAUAACCAACCGUCUAAACUACUCCAAAUUGGAACAUGGACACAGCGUAAAACUUCAAAGUUAGAAAAAAACUGAAUGGCUGCGUCUCAAAUGCGCCCCUUCAACAUCCACAUAUACCUGGCAAAGGUACAUACGGGGGUAUUGCUGUACUCAGCCGACAUAGCUGAGCAACAUAUGAAGUAUUAUACAGUCGUAGCACACAUAAGGUUUGCAAAAUAUACUGUGCAAACUCACUUUGUAUGUCAAAAGGCAGAAAAAAUGCUUAUUACCACUACACUUGGUACAAGCUAGCGGAAAAAUGAUCCCACGCUAAGGUUCAAAAUAUGCCUUUUGAAAUACCCUGGGAUGUCUUCUUUAAGAAAUGGUAUGGCUUUAUGGGGAAUUUGGAUUAUAUAGCCUGGUAAAAUACUCUAAAAUGGGACAUAGGCACAGCAUAAAAAUUCAAAGUUUGAAAAAAACUGGAAUGGCUGUGUCCCAAAUGUGCCCCUCCGAUGUCCACACAUACCUGGCAAAGGUACAUACGGGGGUAUUGCUGUACUCAGCCGACAUAGCUGAGCAACAUAUGAAGUAUUAUACAGUCGUAGCACACAUAAGGUUUGCAAAAUAUACUGUGCAAACUCACUUUGUAUGUCAAAAAGGCAGAAAAAACGCUUAUUACCACUACAUCUGGUACAAGCUAGCGGAAAAAUGAUCCCACGCUAAGGUUCAAACUAUACCUUUUGAAACACCCUGGGGUGUCUACUUUAAGAAAUGGUAGGCCUUUGUGGGGUAGUUUGAAUUUAAAACCUGCGAAGAUGCUUGGAAAUUGCACAUAGGCACAGCGUCAAAAUUCAAAGUUUGGUAAAAACGGAUAUGGCUUGGUCUCCUAUAUGGCACUGUAGCUUCACAAAAUAGUGACAAAGACAUUCAUUGGGGUGUAUUUUUACUCAAAAGACUUAGCUGAGCAUAAUUUGGGAGGUUUGAACUUAGUGGCACAUAUGAAAUAUACAAAACGCCCAGCAAAAAUGCAAUCCGUAUGUAAAAAAUGCACAAAAUAAUUUUUUUACCACAUACUUUGGCAUAUAUUGGUGAAAAAAUGGGGGUAUGUUAAGGCACAAUAUGCACCUUAUGAGAUACCCUGGAGUGUCUACUUUUACAAAUGGUAGGCCUUUGUGGGGGUUUUUUGAACAGUCAAACUGUUAUAAUACCCCAAAUGGAAGCUAAGGCUCAUUAAAUCCAUCUCUCAAAAUUCUACUAUGAAUACUGUAAAGGACAGGUCUCCUAUAUGGCACUGUAGCUUCACGAAAUAGUGCCAAAGACAUUCAUAUGGGGUGUCAUUUUACUCAGAAGACUUAGCUGAGCAUAAUUUGGGGGGUUUGAACUUAGUGGCACAUAUGAAAUAUACAAAAUGCCCAGCAAAAAUGCAAUCCAUAUGUAAAAAAUGCACAAAAUUAUUUUUUACCACAUACUUUGGCAUAUAUUGGUGAAAAAAUGGGGGCAUGUUAAGGCACAAUAUGCACCAUAUGAGAUACCCUGGAGUGUCUACUUUUACAAAUGGUAGGCCUUUGUGGGCUUUUUUUGAACAGUUAAACUGGUAUAAUACCCCAAAUGGAAGCAUAGGCUCAUUAAAUCCAUCUCUCAAAAUUCUACUGUGAAUACUGUAAAGGACAGGUCUCCUAUAUGGCACUGUAGCUUCACGAAAUAGUGCCAAAGACAUACAAUGGGGGUGUCAUUUUACUCAGCAGAUGUAACUGAACACAAAAUAAAACUUUGUACAGGAAUAGCACACACCAACUUUACAAAAUAUACACGAGAAUUUCUCUGUUAUAAGUUUGUGUGCCAAAAACCAAAAAGAACACAAUUUUACUCCAAUAUUUAGCAGAGGUUGGCGGUGAAAUGGCUACGUAGAAAGUGUCAAAACAACCUUAGGUAAAUAGCCCGUGAUGUCUACUUUAUAUAAAUAUAUACUUUUGUGUGGCAAUUUUGUUUUCUUUUAUGGCUAUUAAGCUUACAAGACAAACAUACCAAAUUCUAAAAUCGUUCCACAUUAAAAGUUUAUUUUACUCCUUGUGCUUUGUGACCUGUAACUACCAAAAAAAACUUAAAAUCCCAGACACAUUAUAUAUUCUGUAAAUCAGAACAAAUAAAUAAAUUUAUUUUUAAUUACUUUCCUUAACCUGCACUAAUUAUGCACACAUUAUUAUUGCAAAAACUGUAAAAAAAAAAACAAUAUUUUUCAUUUUUUUUGCAUUUUUCUGUAUUUUUUUUAUAAUAAGUAAGCAUUUAUAUAUAUAUAUAUAUAUAUAUAUAUAUGUUAUAUCAAAUUAAAGCCCUUUCUGUCCUUUAAAAACAGUAUAUAAUAUGUGUCGGUGCAAUAAAUGAGAGAGAUGCAAAUUGCAGUUGAACGCAAACAGCAAGAAAAUGCAAAAAUUGCUUGUGUCAUUAAGCGUAAGUCAAGCUUCUGAAGCUGUGUCCUUAAGGGGUUAAGUGUUUAUGCAAGUCCGUUCCCUUAUGCUUUUCAGAUUCUAUUCAUGUGUUUCAUAUUUAUGUUGGCUUUAUGUCCUUGAGACUUAUAAAUGAUGUUAAGAAGUGUGGCUGCAAAAGUGCAUGUUUAUUGUUUUCUUAAUGAGUUUUAAAUGUUUUCCUUCUUUCAUGCUUCCUUUCUGAUAAACAUGUUUACCUUUGCAGCAGAACAUAAUGUAUAGAAAUCCUGUACUGGCUGGUACAAUUAUCAAGAGUUUUGCUUUGUACAAAAUAGGAUGAUGUGACAUGUAGUUUAACUUUAUCUCUUUGUGAAUCACUUCUCCCUUCCUCCUCUUCCACUCCUGCAGAGGCUGACAAAGCUGAAGUGGGCCGAUUCGCCAAGAACUUUCUCCCAAUCUUGUUCAACGUGUACAGCCAGCCCCCUGGUGUAGGUGAAGGAGCAGCAACCAAGCUUCCAAUAUUGGACACGGUUAAAGCCUAUCUCACUAUUACAGACCAGCAGGUGAAUGAUCACCAACUGAAAUGUGUCUCUUUUUCCUUUUUUUUUUUUGCCUUCUCUAAGUUUGAAAUUAUAGCUGGGCACAUGGUACUGAUGUGUUAAAUGCCAUCCACGAAGUGUGUACAUGACAAGUUCUGCUUUCGGAAUGCAAUAAAAUCUUAACCAGGGCUGACAAUCACCAGUAAAGGUGUAGUUUGAAAUACCUAACUGAAGGUUAUAUUCAUGUUCCAUCACACACAAAGUAGUUGCUUACAGCAAGCUGUUAAUAUUAGGGCACUAUGCUUUAAGUGGUCCGAUUACGGGAUCAUUUGCUAUUGUUGUAUGAAUGGAAGAUGGGACUGGUUUUAAGGUGUGUGCCUUAGGCAAGUAUUAGACAACUGAGUGACAUUUAGGCUAAAAUAACUUAUUUUUAUUAUUCUUUCCAUCUAUGCCGUUUGGCCACUGUAAUGAUUAAAAAAAAAGAAAAUGUUAGGCUUGGUGCAGAGGAUAGUCAAGGUAAUCUGUAGAUGAACAAUAAUUAAAGGAUUUUCUUUUUAUAAACGAUCAACAGAAUUUCAGUAAAAAAGUAGGGAGGAGCCAACUGUGGGAUGGAAAGGGGUAUGUGAUUGUGUAGCAUUUUGUUGGUAGAGUGAAAAUCAAAAAAUGUAAUAAUGAUUAAACAAUUGUAGGAAAUAGGUACAUGUGAUAUACUGAUUACUGUAAAAAUAUUGCAGGAUAAUUAGUGAAAAAUGCACGAAACACUGCAGAUUUCAAUCUUGAUUUUAGCGUACAUUAAUUGUCAACAGAAUGUCUUGCAAAAUUAGGCUUUGUGCAGAGGGAAGCCAGUCGAUAUGGUGGAUCUUAAUUACCAGCACAGUAAAGGGACACUCUAAACACGAAAACAACUUUAGCUUAAUGAAGCAGUUUUGGUGUAUAGAUCAUCCCACACCCCGGCAGUCUCACUGCUCCGUUCUUUGCCAUUUAAGAGUUAAAUCACUUUGUUUAUUCAGCCCUUUGUUAUACACUUCCCUGCAUGUGACUUACACAUCUUUCCUAUGCACUUCCUGUAAGGAGAGAUCCGAUGUUUAAACUUCCUUUUAUUGCGCAGGGUGUUUUAAUUUAGAUAAUUUUUUUUUUUUUAACGCUCUUGUCUCUGUUAAUAGCCUGCAGAAGCCUCCCGUGUGUCAUUUAAAGUUUUAUUAACACAGCAGGACAAAAUCCUCUAAAAUAAAUGCACUGCGCGUGAGUCCCUGUCUGGGGAGAUGUGAUUAGAGCUACAGAAACAGAAGGGAUUUAAUUGAGCAGUUAGACUGCAGGUGCAUAAUCUAUACACCCAAGCUGCUUCAUUAAACUAGAUGUGUUUUUAAUGCUUAGAGUACCCCAUAAAUGAGCAAAUGGCACCCAGAAUCUGUGGCUCCAUAGCCUCUUCAAUAAUCUUCAGUGUUAAUGGUUUUUAGUGCCCUUUUAAACAAGCCAUCAUAGUGAUUUUCACAUCUUUAUAAUACAGAUUAAUUAAAUAUACCCCCUAUCUCCCUUCAAAUGUAGUGUUUCUUUAAGGACACAGUAUCUCGCUAGUGUUGUGUGGGUCUUGCAUUAAACAAAAUAAUUACUUUUCAGAAUGUCAGCUAUAUUUAUUUUCUUGUAAUUAACUGUUUUAUUGUCAUGUUAAUCUUCUGCAGAUGGUCCACAGCUUUUUGGACAAAGCAUGUAGCAAACUGACAGAAGCAGAGACUACGGAGGCUAUGAGGUAUGGGUUACCCUCUUCAUUGCCUUUUUGGCACACUAUUGCUUCUUGAACACUCAUUCACAUUCUAUGCAUCUGUAGUUCUCAUGAACCCAGGAAUAGCUUACUGUUUAAAGCAAGCUUCACCAAACCCCAGCCCUCCAGAUUUUGCUGAACUACAAUUCCCAUGAUUCUAUGAAUAAAAUGGGCUGAGAAUCAUGGGAGUUGUAGUUCUGCAACAUCUGGAGGACUGGAAUUUGGGGAAACCUGGUUUCAAGCGUCUAAAAUUUCCUCUGCAACAGACAUUUUUAACAGCUCAUCAUCACAGAGCUUGCAUUGACAGCAGACUGCCUUGUUACUCAAUGCUUUGUUUAGUAGUUAGACAGAUGCAUGUUGCUGCACAGGUUCUCCUGUUUCUUUAAUUAAUGAACUGUUAUGGCAGAUAAUUGACAGACCUUGCCAGUUCCUUAUGUAAGCUCCAUUACCAUUGCUGUAAAGGCUGAAAAAUAAGGUGUGUGUAUUUUACCCAGAGUAGGUGUGACUAGGGCUGCAUAAACAAAUUGCGUUAAUUCCUCAAUUGCAGAUAAUUGAGCAGUGACCCUACAGUUGAUCUGUACACCACAACCGCUUCAUCAAGCUAACAUUGUUUAGGUAAAUAACAUUUAGGUUAGUUUCAUCACAUUUAAAAGUGUCCCUUUAACCCCUUCAGGACGGAGUCAAUAGUACACGUUCUGAUCAAAACAAAAUGUAAACAAAAACUGGAAUUUUCGCUAUAUGUCUGUUCAACCGUAAUUCACCUCUUUCAUAUUAUAUGCACCCACACUUGUUAUAUAUCAUUUUCUUCAGGAGAAACUGGGCUUUAAUUUCUCAUGAACUAUUCAUAAUUGAAACAUAAUUUAUUAUGAAUAAAAUAAAAACACUGUGAGAAAUUAAGAUUUUAAAAAAACAUUGUAGACAUUUUAGCUGUAAAUGUCAUGAAUACUGUUUGAUUGAACUGUAAAAAAAAAAAACACACGUAUUUGGAUUCAGCAAAGUCUCACGAGUACAACAGUACCCCCCAAUAACAGUUUUUAACGGUGUUUUGGAAAGGAUCAAAUAUAGCACAUUCCAUUUCAGUUUUUUCAAAUUGAAAUUUGCCAAAUUAGUAAUGUUACCUUUGAGACCGUGUGGUAGCCCAGGAAUGAGAUUUACCCCCAUGAUGGCAUACCAUUUGCAAAAAUAGACAACCCAAAGUAUUGCAAGUGCGGUAUGUCCAGUCUUUUUUAGUAGCCACUUAGUCACAAACACUGGCCAAAGUUAGCGUUCAUAUUUGUUUUUGUGUGAAAAAAAGCAAAAAAACUAAUAUUUGGCCAGUGUUUGUGACUAAGUGGCUACUAAGAAAGACUGGACAUACCCACUUGCAAUACCUUGGAUUGUCUACUUUUGCAAAUGGUAUGCCAUCAUUGGGGUAAUUCUAAUUCCUGGGCUACCAUACGCUCUCAAAGGCAACAUAACCAAUCUGGCAAAUUUCAAUGGCAAAAAAAUGAAAUGCAAGACUUAUAUUUGACUCUCUAACUUUCCAAAACACCAUAAAACCUGUAAAUAGGGGGUACUGUUAUACUUGGGAGACUUCACUGAACACAAGUAUAAGUGUUUCAAAACAGUAAAACAUAUUACAACAAUAAUAUAGUCAGUAAAAGUGCCGUUCAUGAAAAAUGCAAAAAACUUCACUUUUACUAAAUAUAUCAUUGUUGUAAUAAAAGUUACCAUUUUGAAACACUGCAAUACCUUGGUAAUAAAAGUUACCAUUUUGAAACACUAAUAUUUGUGUUCAGCGAAGUCUCCCGAGUAAAACAGUACCCCCCCAUGUACAGGUUUUAUGGUGUCUUGGAAAGAUCUCAUUUUAAUUAAUUAAAUCACAUAAUUAUGUUAAAAGAUUACUUAAAUAUACACAUAGAAUUUUAAUAUAUAUACAUAUAUAUGUAUUUAAAUUCUAUGUGUAUACUUAUGUAAUUAUUUAUGUAAUUAUAUAUAUUUAUCUUAAUAUAAAUAUUUGCAGUUAUUUGUAUUUUAUAUAUAGAUUGUCAUUCUAAGUGUAUUUUGUUAUAUAUAUAUAUAUAUAUAUUAACAAAAUACAGUUAGAAUGAGAACAUAUGUAUGUAGAAUUUAUUUUUAUUUUUUUUAAAUAUUUAAUUUAUUUUAUUUGUUUAUUGUAAUUAUACGUAUUUAUAUAUACAUAAAAUAUAUUAUAUAUAAUAUAUAUAUCUUAUAUAUGUAACGUCAUUCUAAGUGUAUUUUAAUACUAAUAUAUGGACUUAUAUUAACAUUAAAAUACACUUUGACAUUACAUAUAUAUGAUGUAUAGUGUGUAUAUAUAAGAUGUAUAGUGUGUGUGUCUGUGUAUAUAUAUAUAUACUUUUAAUUUUAAACAUGUUUAUUUUUUUUAUUUUUACACUACCCACCAGCAGGGGGACUGUCUGACAUUUCAGACAGUCCCCCUGCUGGCAGAUCCACAGCCAGCUAUAGGGGGCCAUGUGAUCGCUCUUUGAGAGCGAUUACAUGGCCCCCGGGUGCCUGAUUUGCCAGGGGAGGGCUGCCUGGGCUGUCACGCAGUCCUCCCGAAGAGGAUCGCAGCGGAGGUGAGUACCGUAACGGCAUUAAGGGGUUAAUAUUGCAAAUAAUUGUACAGAGAAAUAUUUUGGCAGCAACAACUACAAUAAUAAGGAUUUUGUGAGAUCUUGUUUGUCCAGCAUGGGCCGCUCUGCUCUCAUUCUAAGGCAUUCUCUAUACAUUGUUAUAUCUGUAGUUAUUUACUCACUAAUUUUGUCAUUUUGCCACUGUAUGUUACUUGUUAAAUUUUUAUAGUUUUUAGAUUAUUCUAAUUCUGUCCCUGCAUUUAUUUGUUAUUCAUCAAACUUGAUUGUAAUUAAAGUCACACUUCAGGCACCAUAACCACUAUAGUACUAUAUCAUAGUACUUUAGAGCAGGGGUGCCCAAAAGGUAGAUCUCCAGAUGUUGUAGAACUGCAACUCCCAUGAUGCUUUGCAUGCUUUUAGAAUACCUUCAGAAUGGCAAAGCGUCAUGGAAGCUGUAGUUUAAAAAAAAUCUGGGGACCUACUUUUUGGUCACCUUUGCUUUAGAGCAGGAAUUAGGCAACCUUCGGCACUCCAUAUGUUGUGGACUACAUCCCCCAUAAUGCUCUUACACCCAGAAGGUAGGCAAAGCGUCAUGGGAGGUGUAGUUCAAAACAUCUGGAAUACCGAAGGUUGCCUAUGCCUGCUUUAGAGUAUCUAUGUCCAGUACAGUACUUAGAAUGUUAUAGAUUAUGGAUGGAUAUAUUUGUGUCCAUUUUACACAUUAAACCCUUGUUAAAAUCUCCUAGAUGUACACACACCUAUCUUUGUGUUUUUUUUUUUAUUGUACACAAACUUUUAUAACUGACCAAUCUUCUUCAGUUUGUAUAUGUUGGACCUGAUUGUUGCCAUGGUCCCUUAUGCUGAAGAGGCUUCCAUGACAAACGUUUACCAAACUAUUCUGCCUUAUCUGGAGGUGAGUUGCAGUCACGUUGAAUAUGACAUUUAACAGAUUUACGAUAUUACUGGUGUUAACUGCAAAUGACUUUAAUUGUGAUGGCAGGAGAAAAACCACAGCGUGCAGAAGAAGGCUUACAGAGUCCUGGAGGAGAUCUGUGCUGGAGAAAGACCCCCAUGCAAAGAUUUUGUGGAUAAGAACCUGGAAGACCUGAAGAAAACACUACUGGGUUCUCUAAAAAGUGCUUCAUCACCAGCUAAAAGAGUGAGGAACUGUAUAUAUAAUAGAAAAUAAGCAAUGGGGCAUCUUGUCGGCCUUGCCAGACAGUAUUUGUAAAAAUAUAUUGAUCAUUUCCCCCCCUUCAUUUCCAUAUAUUGAGACUAUGUUUUGCCACUGAUGGAAUUUUGUUUUUAUUUAAGCCUGUCCAUUUGGGUUUAGUCAGUGCUAUUAUUGCAUUCUGUUUUCCUGCUUAAGAAGUGGAUUGGUGUUUCCAAUGGCCGUAAUGUGUCACUGGGCAUUUCUUCACCUAGAAAAAUCCACUUGAUUAAAAAAUAACUAUAUGUCCAUUGGAAACAUAUGAAGCCUUAUAUUUAAUUUAUUUAUUUAUUCUAAUUAACUCUUUUGGUCGUUAAAAAUCCUCCUCAAAAGACAACAAAAACCAGUAGAAAUAUGACCUAUCCGCUUUAAUUAACGUGCUUGGCACUUCUUAAAUUUACAAAGUUUUUGUCUUAAUUUCAUUUUCUGGAGAACAAACAUUUCCAGCGAACUCUAAGAGUUGGGUGUUUUAUGUAUUUGUGUGUAAGGGUUUGGAAUUUGAUAAGCGAGCUGCACUCUGCAUCUGGAAUCAUUCUUUUAAACCUGGCUUUCUCCCCCACCUCUUCUUGACAGCCGCGUUUGAAGUGCCUGAUCCAUAUAGUGAAGCAGCUUGGGGUUGACCAUGAAGAAUUUAUGACAUCCAUAAUUCCUGAGGUGAGGAACUUUUUUUCUUUUUUUUUUAUCAUCUAUAGUUACCUGUGAAAUGGUAAUGACCACUUAAGAGUUAAGUAAUAUCAUGUGCAUCCUGUUGAGCCCUAUACUUAACCCUAUCUCUCCCCAAGUGGAGAACAUUAAAUGGACUUGUGAACGGCAUAAUGAUCAUACAUUUUAUCUUUGUCUCUUUUAUUUUUGUGGCUGUAUUUAGGAUAUCGAACUCUUGGUUCUGGUUAAUGCCAAGAUUUGGCUGCAAAAUGUAAAUUAGGACAAAAGUAUUUUAUUGCUGGAAUCAUUAGAUGCAUGUGGUAUAAAUAACAGCUUGAUUUAUGCGUGUGUACAGGAAUCAAAAUUUACGUUUGCCCAUUUGUCACUGGUAAAUAUAAAUUUAGCCUUGGCAAGUAGAAAAUCACACCUGGUAAACGUGCCAUUCUCUCUCUCGGCUUGCAGUCUCAAAUAACUUUUUGACCCGUGUGUUAUGUGGCUACAGAAGUUUUGAGCUGUGUAAAUGUGUGUGUGUGUAAAUAUACAAAGCUCACAACUCAAACGCCUACUCUGCUUGACAGGCUUAAAUGUUACUCAUCAUUCCAGCCAUAAGAAUCCAGUGCACACUCAAGUGGUAAUUGUGGGGAAAUCACAAAUACCGUAUAUACUCGAGUAUACGCCGACCUGAAUAUAAGUCGAGGCACCUAAUUUUACCACAAAAAAAUAGGAAAAUUAUUGACUCGAGUAUAAUCCUAGGGUGGGAAAUGCAGCAGCUACCGGUAAAUUUCUAAAUAAAAUUAGAUCCCAAUAAAAUUACAUUAAUUGAAUAUUUAUUUACAGUGUGUAUAUAUAUAAUGAAUGCAGAGUAUGUGUGUGUUUGUGUAGUGUGUGUAUAUAAUGAAUGCAGUGUGUGUUUGUGUGUAGUGUGUGUAUAUAAUGAAUGCAGUGUGUUUGUGUGUAUAUAAUGAAAGCAGUGCGUGUGUUUGUGUAGUGUGUGUAAACUGGGUGGGAGGAGGGCAUUUUAAUUUAAACUUUCAAAUUUUUAUUUAAAUUAAAAAAAAACUCCGUUAACCUCUGUUCCGUUCAGCUCCCAGUGUAACUCUUGAGGUGUGCGUGCCGCGCGGAGCGUUGCCACGAUAACCCGUGGCAACGCUCUGACGGCCGCGGGUCUCGCGAGAUUUACUCUGGGAGGUGAACGGAGCUGCUGCAAAGGUAAGUAAACACUUUCUGCUGGUUUCCAACAGGACCGCCGGGCUUGUAAUGAGCCUGGCGGUCCUGGUCUGUAUUAUGGCAAUGUAAGUCACCAUAGUACAGACAGUGACUCGAGUAUAAGCCGAGGGGGGCUUUUUCAGCACAAAAAUGUGCUGAAAAGCUCUGCUUAUACUCUAGUAUAUAUGGUGUGUGUAUAUAUACAUGCAGUGCUAGAAUUUUCCUCCUACAGUACAAUUUUUAGAAAUGCAUAAUCAACUCAAUGCGAGAGAUUUUAUUAAAAUGUUUUGUUCAAAAGUAGAGCAGUAACCUUGGAAACCAGUAGAACCUGCAGUCUUAUUCCAUUGGUGACUCUUCCCCUUUAACAUUUUUGCACACUUUUUUUGAACAGAACACUUUAAUAAAUUUCCCCAAAUGUUUAUAUCCUCACUGUGAAAGGUUUGGGUGCUUAGUAGUGUGGAUAUACAUUAUUUUAUUUCUUUUUCCUACAAAUAGUUGCUAACCAAAGUUAAUUUAUAAAUGAGAAUAGAUUAGGUUUGUUUUGUCCCCUCCCCCCAUCCCCCAACACACACACACACACACACACACUGCAGGCAUGCAUUACAAUAAUUAGUGUUUUGGAAAUUUGGUAACCAACUUUUUAAAAAAUUUUUAUUAUUAUUAUUAUUAUUUUUUUAUUUAUAACAUUGUUCUGUAAAUAGGCACUUUAGUUCCAUUGGAAAUAUGCAAAAAAUAAAUAUAAUAAUAAUCUUCUGGCCAGCAACAAAGUUAUUCAGAGUCUUGUCACCUGAUGUAUUUCAGACGUUUAAGGGUUAAUUUUAGCCAACAUUCUAUGAAAGAGAAAUUGGUGUUCUUUUGUGAUGAAAGUGCUAUUCCCUUGUGCGCUUGUGUCAUUACAAGUGACUGAAGAUUGUGGGGUUUUUUGGUCAAUGCUGGAGAAGCAAAGAAAGCCCUUUUAUUAUUUCCCUGAAUAAACACCCCCCAGACCUUUCAUUUCUAGGUCCUCCUAGACUCUCAUGUGCCAGCCAUCAUAUUGUGAUGUUGCAAAGACGCAUUACUUAACAUAAAUCUAAUAAUAUUUUUCAGGUGAUGAUCUGUACCAGAGAAAUGUCGGUGGGGGCACGAAAGAAUGCUUACACACUCCUUGCAGAGAUUGGUCAUGCUUUCCUCCGUUUCAGAGAUGACCCCAGAGGUAUCCCAUGAACUAUAUGUCUAUGCAAAAUAUGAGCAGAGCCAGCAUUGGUUUAUUGCUGUAAAAGUUAGAAGAUGUAGGAGAUCUUUUAAAUGACAAUCUAAGCACCAUAACUGCUACAGAUUUUUGCAAGUAGUCUUUGGAUGCAGUUUCUCUGGUGCUUGACAAGAAGUGGGGUUUGCCUUGUACCUAAAGCCUGACCUUUCUGCUGCUGAGAUAAGUUUUGCUUCUGCAUUAUUCAUUUAAAUCUGACGUAAUUACUCGUGUUGUGUAAGCCAUUCCAAUCACUUCCAGCAUAUCAUUGUCACCUAAGCUAUAGCGGCCUUGGCCACAUACUGCAGUGAAUAUUCAGCGUUAUCCACAUGUCUCCUGAGGGUCUAAGGUUUAGUGGUGAAGGGAGCCCUUUAAUGUUUUUCUAACCUUUUUAAAAACAGACAGAAAACUGUAAGACUGCACCCAAUGACUCAUAACACUGUUAUGGACAAAUGCAAAUAUUACAAGUUUUAGAAUGAAAUGUUGUAUUUUUUAAACUGUGUACUUUGUCUUUUAGAGAUAUUGCAAACUGACAAGCUGUUAGAAAUGGAACAUAUUGUUUUUCAUAACUGUUUCUUUAAGCAAUAACCCCAGUGCAUAAUAUGUUUGUGCCAUUUUGUCCCCACCCUCAGGGUCCCCCUCCCGCCCGGCUCUGGGGAAAGGAAAGGGGUUAAACUUACCCUUUUUUCCAGCGCCGGGCGGGGAGCGCGGGCAUUCAGCCGGUCUCAUAGGAAAGCAUUUACAAUGCUUUCCUAUGGACGCUUGCGUCUUCUCACUGUGAUUUUCACAGUGAGAAGCACACAAACGCCUCUAGUGGCUGUCAAUGAGACCGCCACUAGAGGAUUUGGAGGCUGGAUUAACCCUAAUAUAAACAUAGCAGUUUCUCUAAAACUGCUAUGUUUAUAAAAAAAAAAGGGGGUUUAAUCCUAGAGGGACCUGGCACCCGGACCACUUCAUUAAGCUGAAGUGGUCUGGGUGCCUAGAGUGGUUCUUUAAGUAGAUAAGGAUGUCCAGACUUUAAGAUGCCAUCUUGAACUAAGUCAGGAAAAUUUCCAUGACGUAUACAUCCUUUAGUUAUGGACUUGUAUGUUUGCCAAGUUAAGGGAGGUCCUAAAAUGAAUAAAGUAAAAGCAGUGUUACUUUUUCAUAUAUGAACUACGGUAACCCUAAUAUGGAGACACCUAAGUUAUAAUAAAUAGGUAUGCUUUUAAAUGUUAAGACACAAAGGAGAGACUUGGAGACAGACGCUGCUCCAUCUUAAAAUGACAGAGAGGCUGACAUGAUGACAUGUUCAGAAGGGUAUGUUAACCUAUUAAUGAUAUUUGCAAGCAUUUAGUUUAAUCUUAUAAACUCUGCUAUAAUGGAUUUUAUAUGUCUACAUUUAUAUUUUUAUAUAAUAAAUAUCAAAAAGACAAUUUUAUUGCUUCCAAGACAAUCCUUAUUUUAUAAAUAGAGGAUCUCUUACUAACUAUAUAAAAUUAUGGCUAAGAUAUCUGUAUGAUUAGCCCUACUAAGUUCUAUGCUUUAAGAUAUUAUAGUGGUAAAUAAGGGAACCACUUGCGGUUACAACACCAUAACCACAACAGUGAGCUGUAGUUGUUAUGCUUAAAUAUGAGAUCACGGCAAGUACUUCUCUUUGAAUGAGAGAAAGCUCUACAUUUUCCAUAAACCCUCGUUCUGCUAAAUGAAGUUAAAUUAAAUAUGACCCUUGCAGAAGUCAUUGGAAGCCUACGCUUGCCUCUAAUUGCCAUGGCAAGCCUUUUCAUUCAUUCAUUCUUGAUUAAAGGCAGCCCUGCAAGUCUUUGUGCAUGCUGCAAAAUGACUUCCUUUGAGUGGUGCAAAAAUAGUGUUUUUGUAAGUUUUUUUUUUUUUUUGGUUCUGUGAUUUUAGUUAGGUUACAGAAACCUUUCUUUUAUCAAAUUAAACAUUGUAUUUUUAAAUGUGUUUUUUUUGCAUGAUACAUACUUUGACAUGUUUAUGGUGGUGUGUAUGUGAAGAUGUAUAAAUUCAGAAAAUUGCUUUGUUGGACAUUCAGUUGGAACUUCAACCUCACAUUGAAUAGGUAGCGUUGUCUCUAAUCAAUACUUCUUUGACAGAUGCUAUGGAAAGUUACCUUGCCGUUGUGUACGCUGGAUUGGCUGGCUCUGUGACUAUGAUCAGCUGUGCAGUUUUUACACUUACAAGGCUCCUCUUUGAAUUCAAAGGUAAUCCAUAAAUGCGGAGUCGCAUUGAAUUUCUUAUGAUUAAUCUGCUUGCAUUGAUUGCCUUUUCUGGUACUGAUGCCGAUAUGAUGUGCAGUGAAAUAUUUCCUGUAUAUUUAGAGUUCUUAUUGCAAAAAUCUAUCCCUACAUUCGCAUAAUUGUUCAAAUUUCCUGUAUGGAAACAUACUUAGACUUUACAAUAUAUGAAGAUAUUUAAUACCGGUAAUAAAACCACUUUUUUCCUUCUUUUAAUUUAACAAGGACAUGUCUCGACCUAAUAACAUUUUGGCCAAGCCUUUGAGCAGUUUCAUGCUGUAGUUGUAACUAAAGCAUUGUCAAUUGUUCCUGCAGGGCUAAUGGAACUUUGCAGCCUUAAAUGUUAUCUGGGAAUUGUUGCAUUUGAUGGAGGCUUGAUUUAAUAAUUUAGCUUUAUCGAUUAUUCCCAGCACAAGCGAUGCUCUGUUAGUUUGCUCCAGAUCAGUAGCUAAGUUGUUCCUUCUCAUACUUCUGUUACAGAACAGAUGGGAGUGGAUAUCAUCGAACAUCUUUUACAGAAUGUGUGUCUUCUUCUAAUCUCCAAAACGCGUGAAAUUGUGAAAGCAGCGCUGGGUUUCAUUAAAGUAAUCAUCUUUAUUAUGGACAUAAAAGUUCUCUCUAAACAUCUGCAGAUGAUGGUAAGAAAGUUACACUUGUCAAGCUUUACAAUUUUUUGUUUGUUCAUUAUUUCAGUAUGUUCUUACAAAAAAAAAAGCAUAUGUUCCUUUUGAAAGUGUGAAUACAACACGCAGCUUCCAAAAUGCCACUGAAUGUAAAAAAAUGUCUGCAUGUCGGCAUAAUGCAUCUACCACGUGUGCGUACAGAUUUCCACAGACUGCAACUGUUGUUUGCAUGUGAUCACAGUUCUGCGCUCAUUUUCCUCCCCAUCUUUUGUAGAUAGAGGCAAUUGGAAAUAUAAAUAAAGACAUGAGGCGUCAUUUUCGUGUGAAACUUCGAAACAUCUUCACCAAAUUCAUCCGAAAGUUUGGGUAGGUAAUUAUAUACAUUUAUUUAUAAUGUGACUGUUUGAAAGGCUUCAUAUUUCAAGUCCUGCACUACUAGCCAGGCCUCAAAUGUUACUUGCCACUAUAAGCCUGAACAGUCCGUGGCACACUCACUCGCUUGUGGGGGGUGGAAAUAAUGAGCCUGGAAAGUUUGAAAUAUUCACAGAUUAUAGAAGUCAGCCACAGUCUUUAAACAUAUGCCUGGAAUUGCAGCAAAAUAGUCAGAUUUUGGUUUAAAGAUAUUUAAAUCUGUUUCUAUGUAACCUGAAUUUAUACGAAAGCAUUUUAAUUACCAGCUGUAGCCGUCAAGUAAAUAUUAAAAUGUUUUCGAUUUGACUCCAUCUGUGUGGUGUUGUUGCUGUAGUGUCUGCAAGUGUAGUAUUAUAAUGUAUCACUGUAUGAUGUAUUAUACCACUGUUACAUUGACUGCUGAUGAUAUGAUAAAAUCCACCACGCACAUGCUUUCACUUAUGUAACCUAAAAUGCAGCCACUCACUGAUACCCCCAUAACAGUCCCAUUCAUUGUGGAAUGCUGCAAUGAUUUUUUGGGGGGUUGAUGAAUGUACUUUCACUGUGACUGGCGUUUUAACACUGCAUGGAAGGAUGGUGCUAUGAGACUCGAGACACUAUAACCACUUCAAUGAGUUGCAGCAGUUACAGUACCUACAGUGUUGCUUUAGGUCUGUUUAUUGGAUCAAAUGCUGUGUUUAGUAUAUGGAAUAUAACGCUGUUUAGUAGUAAUGACCAUUGUUUUGAUAAUCUGCAAAUCUAGGUUUGAUGUGGUGAAAAAUAUGCUUCCUGAGGAGUAUCAUAAAGUUCUCGCAAACAUCCGCAAGGCAGAGGCAAAGAACAAGAAACAGAAAGCCCUGAAACAGGACUCUUCUCAGGGUGAGGAGGAUGACAAGGAAGCAAAGAUCAAGGGAGACAGGUGAGAGAAUUGUCCCAGCUCUUUCCCGAAGUAAGGCGACUAAAAUGAAAAACGUUCUAGUUUGAGUAUUAAACAACGUUUUUAUUCCCUGUCCCGAUAUUUCAGAGCUAUCCAAAAGCUAACCUGAUGAGGUGACUUACUGGGCUGAGAAUUUCUCAGCAGCAGUUUAACCCCUUAAGGACAUAUGACAUGUGUGACAUGUCAUGAUUCCCUUUUAUUCCAGAAGUUUGGUCCUUAAGGAGUUAAUGUAAAACAGAAAAUCUAAUUUUGGCUUUUUAAAGGGGUAGUAGUUUAAUGUUAAAUGUGGUCAUCCAGCUGUCGAUGCACCCCAAUUCCUACUAACAAUUGGGCACUGUCUUGCUUUGAACAAACCAGCAAAAAGAAAGAGUAGGAGGAUAAAGUAUAACGUAAGCAUAUAAAGGUGGAAUACUACCUAUGGAUAGACCGGUAUAAAUACAAAAACUUAACUUUUACUAAGUACUGGAUACAAGGUCCACAUAAUCCUGGACUCCAACAAGUAAACUACAAAUAGUUUGACAAAAAAAUAAAAAUACAAGAAAACACACAACAAAGACAAUAAACAGUCAAAUGGCUAAUAGGGAAAGUCUGCUAAACGGUGAUAACCUGAUAGUCCAGAUAUCACCUUGUUAAGGUAUAAAGCAGACUGUCCACUACUGUACAACCAGUAGAUUGAACACCUAUGUAGGUAACUUACCCUCUAUCAGAUCCACAGCUCUGGUUAUCGGUCACAAAUUGACUGAAGCCGCCUGUGUUUUAUAUUCUGUGUUUCCUGCAGACACAACUGCUUGUGGCAUUACUUAAGUCAGUGACAACGCUUUAUCUAAAUGUAUCAAAUAAUUCAUAUUAUGCUGGAUUUAAUUUCCAUCUCUCGUUUUCGAUUUUUAGCAUAGACGAUCUGUUGGCGGAUACCGACGAUGAAGAUGAUGAGAAAGAGAAGCCCAGAAAGCAGCAGAAGAAGCAGACCAAGCAGAAGAGCCAUGCCUGGCUAAAAGAAGGAGAGCAAGAUGAACCACUGAACUUCCUCGAUCCAAAUGCAGCACAGAGAGUCUUGGGUGAGCCAUUGCAUUCCCUGUAUCUGCAUAUGUGAAGCCUUCAUUAGAUGCAGUCCGGUCAUAAUCACAAUCGAAUCAUCUUUUUAAAUCAUGUUUCAAGUCUUUAGUAAUGUCCAUGCCUUUGCUUGUCAUGGAAUGGGCUAUAAGAAACCACGCAAGGGAUGUUUGUCAAUAUUGAACCCCGAAAUGUAUUUUAAAUCAUUGGGUUCUAAAUAGGUCCUCCAGUCACAUAAUUGCAUGCAUGUCUGUCUGUCUAUCUAGUUAAUGCGGGUCAGAAAGGGGGUGGAUCAGCUAGGCUGCAGAACUUGCAGAAAAGGUAGGAUUUUAGGGCUUUAGAAAAUAACUUUGAAAAACUAAUCACUGCCUAUUUUUUAUUUUAACUGCCUUUUUGCAGGUGCAUUGAGACAAUUAGUAUUUUUAACUUAAACUAUCCAUUAAAUAAUGACAAUAAUAAUGUGUAGAAUAUAAUUCUCAGAUAGUGUUGAUUAAUUUAUAGAUGUUUUAAUCAUCUCUUUAGAAUGUUGUUAAAUUACCUAAAUAUAAUGUUGGUUUAAACCUCCAUCUUUAUCCUUGUCACACAGCCACAAGACCUGAUGUAAAAGGUGCGAAGCUGAAGCACGACUUUAAAACCACAUCGGAUGGCCGUCUUAUUAUCCCAGAUGAUGAAGCAGAGGAAGAGAAAUCAAAGGGUACACAGUUUAUUUUCAGCUUCACUUUCAUUUGUUGCUGAUUAGUUCUGUCUUGAUCCUGUGCAGUUGCAUUCUGUCUUGGAGACUUGGUCUUGAUAGAAACCAAAGCAAACACACAACAUAGGGCUACUAAACGUGGUUAGAGUCUGUAUAAUACAUGUCUGUCUGAGCCGUAAACUCACACAGUUUGGAGAGUGGAAUGGGAAGGGGGUAACAUGUCUAUUAUCUUUAAUGGAAAAGCAGAAUUUACUGUAAAAGUUUUUUUUUUUUUUUUGGUAAAUCUCUUUUUAUUAAGGUUUUCAUAAACAAAAGUACAAAGAGGCAGGACAGUAAUUUACUGUAAAAGUUGGUAACAAGAGCAAGUGAGGAGUCGGUGGAUGGCUUAUCUGUAACAAUUCCUCCCUUCCCCAGCACGAUAGAGAGUUGGAUACAUGAAAUGGCUAUAGAUAGAGGCUGUAAUGCUAUAGGGGUGUUUGCAGACUAUUAGCAAACCUAUUCCGUCACAAAACAAAAUAUCAUGUGAGAUGUAAAUGUUCUAACAGCGCGUACAUAUAAAAUAAUAGAAACCGUUUUUUACUUCCCUCCUUGUGCCACAUCUAUGUAGUUAGUAUUCCCAUUACAUAUUCUCGUACAGAGGCGGACAGGAUAUAUGUAAAAUCUAAUGUAUACUGUCUUUCUAGUUUUUGCAUGUGCAUUAAAGGUAGGUGAAUUGCUAAAGAUGAUUCACAGAUUGGAGUAGCGUUAAAUCUUGAUUUUCAGUUGUCUUUCAAAGUCUGCUGUGUGUGUGUGUGUGUGUGUGUGUGUGUAUAUAUAUAUAUAUAUAUAUAUAUAUAUAUAUAUAUAUAUAUAUAUAUAUAUAUAUAUAUAUAUAUAUAUAUACACAUAUAUAUAUACACAUAUAUGAAACAAGGGGGGGUUGGCUGCACUCACCUGAACAUGCAUAAAUGGGGGUGCUGCUGGGGGCCAAAUAAUACAAAACACAAGAUCCAGCGCACUCACCUAUCCACUAAACAGCAACUAAAGAGCAAAUCUUUCAACAUUGAAGUUGCUGUUUAGUGGAUAGGUGAGUGCGCUGGAUCUUGUUUUAUAUUAUUUGGCCCCCAGCAGCACCCCCAUUUAUGCAUGUUCAGGUGAGUGCAGCCAACCCCCCCCUUGUUUCAUAUGUAUAUAUUUGGGAGUCUAGCCAACUCCUUGGUUUUGCACCCCUCCCUGUCACAGGUGCCUCAUCCCAGGGCCCUAUUUAGCCUUGUACUGCAGAGAGCCCCAGAUGGAAUUUUUUCCUCAAGUAAGUGGUUAAUCUCAUAAGAGCAGACAUUAGGCUGUUAGUGUAGGACCUGCCAAAGAUGGGGUACAUUGACGUUGUGGCAGGCUUAUGCAAUGUAUGAUCAUAUAAUGUAACUAAACCCCCAUUAUUUUUGCCUAGAUUAGGUGUUUUUAAAAAAACUAAUAAAAUCUUUCAACAUUGAAGUUGCUGUUUAGUGGAUAGGUGAGUGCGCUGGAUCUUGUGUUUUAUAUAUAUGGUCUUUCUGACUAACGGUAGGAGCAGGAGAUAAAUUUAGGACUAGCGAGAAGUUUUCUUCUCUUCUAAUCCUUCACUUUGAAGCUUCAGCUAAUGAAAGUCUCUUAGCAGGAAUUCCUGACUCACUGUCCAUUUUCUUUGUUUUGUUUCUGGACUCCUGUAGAACUUCUCUCAGCUCUCCUGCAGGGCAUUUUAUAUUAAAUAUAAUGUGACUCCAUGGGAAGUCCCCUACACGCAUACUGCAAGCCCAGUGCCUGUCAAUUGUUUUUUGCCAUCACUUAUUCUAGAACUCACAUUUUUAUUUGCUCUUUGUGAGUUCUUGGGUUUGCAUUUGGACAGGCAAUCAAGCUGCUGCAUCCUUUGCAAACAUGAAAAGUGAGACUAGGAGCCUUGUACUUGUGCAGUAUAUUAAAUAUCUGUGCUUGACUCUCUUAUGGUUCAUUCUUCCAGAGCUGUGAUUCUCUCCUAGAUGGCAAAAGUACAUGGUGCAACAUAGACUCCCCCCAGAGAUUCCUAACAGUCAACCUGGGAUGUCAUUUAGUAAGCUGUACCUUCAUCAUAUAUCCCAAAUAUUGAUACUAGUGUGCACUAUUCUAUGGCUUAGAUUUGUUAAGCGUUUCCGUGACAUAGCAUUGAAAGGUCUGACAGCCAUUAAACUUGACUGAUUCCUGCUUAUUCAUCCAAAUAUUUGGAAUCCUAAUUAAGACAUUUAUUUGUAAGACAUCCCAGACUGGAGGGGCUGGCCUUUUCUUCUUCUUCUUUUUUUUUUCUUUAUCUUUCUUUCAAAUUGCUUAGUUUGAUUUAAAUAAAAUAAACACUGUUUGAGGUGCGGCUUUUUGUGAUGCUAUAGGAUUUGAGAGAUUACUUACGUCUCUCGUAAGCUCAUUGAUCACAGUGGGCAGAGUACAUGCCAUAACCAGCAUUUUCUCAUCUAACAUUCACUGACAAAAAAACAUCUUGUGGUAAAAUUACACACAAUUCAUAUACUUUUCUUUUGGCUGUGUUCCUGAAUGCACCCCAUACUGCAUCAUGGAAGCCACUUUCCUUGGUAGCUAUGACACCUAGGACUCAUUGUGACCUGGCACUAUUUCAGAGGAUAUAAAGGGAAUGUAUGCAAUGUAAUAAUUCUCUCCGGUUUUCUUUUUAGUAAAUGUGGAUGAAGAGAUGGCCGAUCUAAUGCAGGAGGUUGGACUUCGAACGGUAAGCUAAAACUUCAGAGAUUCUCAUUGCAGUGUGCUUUGCAGUGAAGCAGACUUAAAAAAAAAAAAAAAAAAAAAAGAAAUUAUACCCUGAUUCACUCCUUCCUGUUUGUAUUAGCAGUUUGUAAAUGUCAGUGCUUGACCCUGAGAGUGAAAUGUACACUGUUCCAUUGCAAUUGUGUGUACUGUUGUUAAACUGUCGGGACUACACUCACAAACAGGGGGUUUGUUAUAAUAUGCAAGUUAACCUUCAUUUCAUCAUUCAAGGAAUUUUCAGUUAGAGCUGAAUGUGGAGAAUGUUUCUACGUUGUGCAUUUCAUGACAAACAUUUUGAAAAAAACACUAUAUUGUUUGCAGAAAAAAGCACAAAAGAAGCGCUUCCGAGAAGUAGACGACGACGAUGAUGAAUAUGCAGUGGGCAGCUCGUCACAGUAUAAAGGUAAUUUUUCUGAUGAAAGUUCAUAUUAUGCGAUAGUAAAGGAAAAAAAGAAUAGAAUGACAAAUGUGAUCAGUCCAAAAGGUGUAGAACAAAAUUAAAAAAAAAAAACAAAGAGCAGAAGGGAAAUACAUGGGGCAUAAACAUAUAUUGGAUGCAGGGCUAAAGGUUAGAUUUGGGAAGGAAUUUCAAUAUUCAUUUUUUUACAAGUAUUAUUGGGUUCCCCACAUAAAAAAAUAUUUAGACAUGUUGGAAUACAGUCUAAGUUCUGGCAGAGGUUGAAUGUGGUUAUUUGAACAUGUUAUGACAUUGUAUAUUCCCUGUUAAAUAAAAAAUGAUGGCCAUCUAUAGUGUAACAGAGAUCUGGAGCAGCUGGUCCAUCAGCCCCUAUUUAAACCUGCAGAGGAGACUAUUCUAAGUACCAGAAGCAAUUUCUAGGUCACCGUGAAGUUAUCAAGCCUUGCUGUACAGCCAAUAAUUAUUUGCUAAUAAAAGUGACUGAAUAAGAACAAGAAUUAAAGGAAAUGUACAGGUAACAAAAAAUGCAUAUAUUUGUGGUCGCCCCCCUUCCCGCCCAUACUGUAAACUGUCACUAAAUGCCCUUUUCCUUAAAUAGUGCAAAAAUUAGCUUUCGAAUAAUUCGUUUUAAUGCUCACUUUGAUCAGAUUUUGUGCUCCUCCUCUGAUUGCAUGUCAUUUGCUCGCCACAUUAGGUAUCAUAAAUAAAUAUAAAGAGACAAACUCACAAAUACCUAUGGAGCUUUGUGCUAUCUCUCUCUCUCUCUUGCUAUUUCUCUAUCUUGGACUUUGCGAAUUUGGCCACAGACAGUGGCAAAGUCCCCCGAUGGCUAGAGUGAGGGAAUGGGGGGGCAUGUAGAAGUGUGCGUAAUUACCUGAACCUGUACCUCACGGGCGCUGCAAUCUUUCUCGCAAUACUCCUCUUCAACAGGAGCAGACAUCACUGUCUAGAGUACAACAUUGAGGUCUAGGGGGUAUCACUGGUGAUUGCCGGUGCAUUUGACUCUUAGACUACGCCUUGAGCCUAAGAAAGUCAGACGAAGGAGAAAUAAAAAAACAAAGUAGUCCCUACUUUGUCUGUGUAUCUUUUGAGUGGGUUGGAAUUUCAGUGAAAUUUCAACACAGUCAAAAUGAGUGUUUUGUAAAGAUUCUAUUUUUAUGAAAUAUUCAUUUUUCAGGGUGGGUGCCAGUGCCGUUUUAAGCCAUUCGUCUCCUGUCCCCUGGGCUUGUGUAUCUGUGUGUAUGCCUCAUCCAAUACCUUUCCUUUUGUUUUGGUUAUUUGAACCUUUCUUAUUACCCUGCUGUCAGUUCAGUCACGAACAUAACUGCCAAACCUACUCCCGUAUAUAUCACUUAAUUCAAGACUCCUAAAAGAAGAUACUGAGUGCAUGAAUAAAGAUAUCAUGGUGUAUUUAUUAACCCCAGAUUUAAACCCAUUUCAUUUACAGAACAAGGAAGACACUUUGUAACAGAACUCACAAAUUGCAACAUAUAGGUCUAUAGUUACACAAUUUCAAUUGAUUAGAAUAACCGGCAACUCAAUAAUAACAUUCAUAUCUAUUAGUUACAUCUACGCACGUAUUGGAUCUUUUCAAAUCCAUAGACUUCACAAAAACAGCAUUUUCUUUUUUCUUUUAUGUUAUUAGCUGGUGGCUCAGGGAUUCACAGACCGUUCUCCAAAAAGCCAGAGAUUGGAACGCAAUACAAGUCAAAGGUAUUUUAUAAUUAUUGUUUUGGAUGAAUUCUGAAACUCUGCACAAACUGUCUUCUAUACAGCACUUACAAAUGGGUUUUGAAUACGAUUGCCUUGCAUUCCUUUUACAAUAUGGCAGUGGCUUAUUGUUUUCAUUGCGACAAAGACAGACUGUAUUCCGUUUUGCACUUGAGGGCGAUGCUUUUCUUUAAACAUGUAAAUCUUGAAAAUACAUACAAUUGCUGUUUAUAACAUGCCUGUAUCUGGGUAUACAUUGUAUUUUAUAAUCUGUAUAUAUAUUUAACAGAAACAAAGGACCUGGUCUAUUUUUUUUUCACUCCUUUUCCUCCAUAGUAAAACAAACAUUUGGUUACAAUAAACGUUCAACAAAAAAACAAAACAGACAUUUAGAAUAAACCGAUAACAAUUCAACAGUAUUUAAGACUGUUGGUGGGAAUAAUAAAGUGAAUUUUAUUCUUAUGACUUUUUUUUUUUUUAUAUUAUAAUGGGUAAAAAGGCACAGGUGGUAUAGAGGGACACUCAAUGCUUUAGUUAACCCAUUACUUUCAUUCUGUAUAAGGGUAGUGCUGUUACAAAUAUAUACAAAAAGACUAAAUUAAGCAUGACAACAAAUGAACAUUAUGUACAUUCCCUUUUAUAUACGUAUAUAUAUCUGGUGUGUGCACUGUGCCAUUAUUGUAAACAUUUGAUAUAUUUCCUUUGAUGUAUGAUUGUUCGCUCAAACCCAGUGUGAGAAUCAAACAGACUUUAACUUUUGACAAAGAACACUUUCAGAGGUUGUUAGUGUGUUAUUUUGUUUAAAAUAUGUAAUUGCAUAUUGGUGGCAAAAUAAUUCCUGCAAUACUGCACUGUUUUGUAGCAUGCACACUGGGUCUUCAGAAAAAAAAACCAAAAAAAACAUUGCUUAGUAAAUUAAUUAUGAUUUUACAAGUAAAUCUGGCAAUAUUCUGGUACUCUUAUAUCAUAAAUAAUUCAGCCUCUCCAGAAAAGAUGGUAUAUUUUAUUUUUGAAUGAUUGAAAAUGAAGAUCAUAAGUGACUACGAGGCAGAAUGCGUGUUCUGUGCACUUCGCUAUAAAAAGUGAAUCAGAAUGCAGGUGGAUUCUCUGCAUUGAUGAAUGCCUUCUAACGGAUGGGUAGUCUGUGCACUGCACACGAUUGUGAACUGCAAUACCCAUGACGCCCUGGUAGAUGUAUUAUAGAAUGUUUAAAUAAAUGUGUAACAGGUUGAAGAAUAAUUGUCUUUUUCAUGAUUUCUUUAUUUUCUAGAAAGGAAAAGGUGAUGUAAAGCAGAAAGGCAAACAUGAUCCAUAUGCCUACGUCCCCCUUAACAAAGCCACAUUAAAUCGAAGGUACCAAUCCCCACUACUCAUAGUAAUGUUUUCAUUGUCUGUAAGAUGCACAUGCCGUAUAAAUACCCGGCUAGCAGUCUCUUAUUUCCCCUGUACCUAAAAGGGCCAUUUCUAGACGUAAAAAAAGUGUAAUGAGGGGGGCUACUGAAAAUGGUCCCUCUAAAGUGUCUUAUCAUAUUUAUUGAUUACAAAUUAAUGUUAGGAAAUUAUUUUUUGGCUCAUCAAAAUUAAAAGAAGAGCCAAUAAGAUGUAUGCUGUGUAAAUAUAUUUUUACAAGAACAAUCAAUCGACAAAAUUAAUAAAUACAUUUAAAAAAUCGCUGUUUAGUAGAUCUAUCCCAAACAUGCAUGCAUUUAUUGUACAUUUUUUUUUUGCAUUUGAGAUAUAUCUAACAGAAGACUGCAGAUCGCUUGUCUGUAGCCUUAGCAAGCCAUCCCCUUUCAGUCAUUGCUGGAGAAAUUACCAAUCAGGAGGUUUUCUUUGACGGCCAGGGAGAUAUUUCUGCAAUUAUUUAUGAAAGUGCAGAUUUGAAAUGAAAUGUGCUACUUUUUUAAACAAUUAAAAUGAGUACUUCAUGGAGUGUUCCUAUGAGUAGAGGAUUGAAAUAAUUUAACAAUUGCACCAAUUGACAACAUGCCGAUUUCUCGUGUUCAGUGAUAUUUUUGUAGUUAUUUAUUGAAUGGGACCAAUUGUUUUCAAUAAUAUCUGUUGUUCAGCAGCAAAAUCCUAUUCUCAACAUACAUUUUGUCUAACUUAAAACAUGACAUUUUCUAGUCUUUUUCUACAGUUCUACUUGUAAGACACCUAAAGAGUAUUCUUAGAAAUUAACUUAUUUUCACUAUUUAGGCCACUUCAAACAUUUUCUUUCAUUCCAGUAUAGCUACUAAGUUACAUUGAAAGGAAAGAGCAGAAACUAAAAUACAGUAAACAUAACCUUUUAUUUAAGAGAUGAAUUGACUCCUUGUAAUUUGCAGUUGUACAAUGAAAAUGACAAUAGAAACGUGUAUCGAUUUUGCACAAUGCAUAAAAUCCUCUGCUUUAACGCAAACAAUGACUAAUGCUCUCAUUCUACAUUCUCGUUUCUCUCUAAUGUGCAGGAAAAAGGCGAAAAUUCAAGGCCAGUUUAAGGGUUUUGUAAAGGCUGCACAGAGAGGGGCACAGACUGGAAGAAAGAAAAGGAAAGAGCGAAAGGCAUGAGCGCUCCUUCGUUUUAUCUCCCUGUUUGGACUUUGUUUGAAUCCGAUUUCUUUAAUAAACAAACUUUUUUUUUUCUUGCGCUGCUAUGUGGACUGAUGGAGGGCAAUGCGCAGUCACCAACUCCAGUUUUAAUUAUUGGAGGGGAGGACUCUGCUGUGUUUACGAAUUAUAAAUCCAGUGUCAACAGAGGUGCAUUAUUAUUUUGUUUUUGCCUGCAUCUAUUUCUAAACCAUGUAGUGCCCUAGAAUUGCUCAUUGGAGCCAUCAGGCUGAUCCCUGUCCAACAUUCUGACAGAUUGAUCCUGGCUUAUGUUUUAGGAUUCAUUUAGUCUUAAUGUGAAUUUUGUUCUAAAUUAAGAAAUAUCUACAGUGUGUUACUUAUUGUGUGGAUCAGCAAAUAUAUAUUGGAUUACAUCACAGCUACACAAGGCUUCCUUGCUACAGUUCUUCUUGUCUGAUAAUUGCACUUUGUGUCCAAUCAUUGAGUGUAAUCUUCCCCUAUUUAUUGUAUCUCUGCAAGGCUUUUAGCAUUAAGCCUGGUUUUGAAAAAUACGGUAAACCAUAAUAACUAAAUAAAUAAAAAAAAUCCCCUUUUUCUGCUGUGAAAUGCCAGCAAUUCCCUGUUCUAAACACAGAACAUUUUACUUUGUGGGUGCAAAUGAGGCACAUCAUUCCUUUGAGCUGAAAUUCUAAUAUUUGCUUUUUCUUCCCUUGCCUAAUUAUCUAGCGGAAAUACAACAGGUAAAAUAUCAGGCCGUUUUAAUAAAUGGUUGGAAAGUGAGUUUAGAUAAAAACAACCAAUUAUUAAUUCGAAUAAAGUACCUUUUUUUCAGGGGAUAGCAGAGAGGAAAUAAUUUGCUCUCCUGCUGUUUGAUAUUUAUAUGACUGCAGGAAUUUGAUCAUUCCUUUUUUCUGACAAGCUGAGCUAGAGUGCAAUCCAUUGACAGGAAUCACUAUAAUUUAAUGAGUUAUCAAACUCUGUCUGUCUGAUCCCCGCUGUCAGAUGAGGAUCCGACCAUGUCUGUCUGUCAUGCAGAUGGUUAGUGGUUAUGGCAGACAAUGUAUUGUUUUAUAUGAUCCCCAUAACAUUAAAUUCUCAAACUUUUUCUGUCACACGUGUUCCUGGCUUUUCUUAACAAGGUACUGCUGUACAUACUGUUAGUUGGUUUGAUCAGUGCUUUACAUGACUGUGAAGAUUGCUGCGAGAGGCUGACAGACAUAUUUAGUUGUCACGCCAUAUGGCACUAUAACCUGUAGUAAUUGCGCAGUAUGCAGUCAGAACAAGCUAUUGGAAUGCUACAGAAUGAAGAGUCCACC